CAGGACCAGGGUAAAUUUCGCUCCUUUCCAUAUCGUUGUAUGCAUCAGGAGACUCAAAUGAUGGUCUUGUACAGGAGUGCAGGAUGCCUUCUGUCAUCCAUUUUUUUUUGCUAGCUGCAGGCUCCACCUUAAUCCGCCUGUUUUCCCGCAUUUUUCUACUAGUGAUGAUGGCCGCGCAUUUUUUUUCUUUCUCCUUUUACCUUUCUUAGCUUGUACUUUUUUUGUUCUUUAUCUACCAUGGGCAUUGUACAUACAGUCAAAAGUAGGAUUGAAUUGUGGCGUUUGGAGCGAUAUACCAAGCGAAGAUCUUGCCAGCUUCCCGGGUAUACUCACAAAGAGAGAGAGCUGAAAAGCAGCUUCAAAAAUAUGUUGAAAGGAAGGAGUAGAGACGACUUCAAAUGCUCAGAGACCUACAAUUCUAGCAGUCUGUGGGAGUGAAAAACUGGAAUAACCCAGCUGGCUGGUCAAUCGAAAUGCCAUUCCGUCUCCGCUACUAUAGGGCAUGGACGCAAUGACAUAUUCUACCAAUGUAAUAAGCCAAAAGACUGAAGCGUUUUUAAGCAAUAGAUUAGUAUAUUCCCUCCUAUAAACACAUGGACA